CUUUUCUCCAUCUCUCUCACACACACAAAUGGCCGCCCCACGCCAUCAUCUCAUCCUUUUUUCUGUGAAACCACAAGCAGCAGAUUAGCUGAACCAAAUUUCUCUCAUCUCUUUAAUUUUCUUUCAUCCCACAAAACGAAAAAUAUUUAGAAAAAUAAAGAGAGAGAGAAAACCCCUACUUUUCCUCAACCCUUAGAAGGCUAGAAGGCAAAAGAUUGAACAAGUUUACUUUGAUUUUACCUCUCUUCUUCAGCCAUUGAUGAUCCCUGAGCUUUUAAUGCUCUUUCGUUCAAAAACAAAAGUAAAAAGGAAGAAAGAAAGGCAAGCAAGCAAGCCAAGCACUGUGUUGUUUCGCAGAUUAGAGGAGCUUUUAAAGACAACAUAUGGGUGGUACUUUCUGAUGAUUCCUGAGAUAGUGUUUAUUCCAGAAGAUCUUCCUCUUUCUCUCUUUCGAUCAUGCUUAGCUUUGUGUUUUGUGUUUUGUAGUUUCCUUCUUAAAUGAGUCUGUCUGAGCAUGGUGAAGUAAGCAAAUAAAUCUCUCUAGUCUGAGAUAAUCCCAUAUCUUUGUUCUUUUCUUUUACGUCUUUUGUUUCUUGUUGUUUUUUGUAUCAUGGACUCGGGUAAUAGUGCUAGCUUACAAUCUUCUAGUGGGGGCAGUGAAGAGUAUGAUUCACGCGUUGAGUCAAUCUCAGCUUUUUUGAACCAUAACCCAUUCAGUAAUAUCGGCCAUGGUGCUUUGGGUAACCAACCACAGCCGCCGUCGCCGCCGCAGCUGCUACAGCAACACCAGAACCAUUCUUCAUCGCCUAUGUUUGACCCUUUGUCAUUUUUGGAUCAUCCUCUAUCAAGAUCCCUGCAACUUACGACGACAACAAAUCCAGGGUCGGUCCUCAAUCUUGAUGUGAUUUGGUCAAAAAAUCAAAGAUCUGAGACCAACUGCACUGGUCUUAGUGGGUUGAUGGCUUCCUCUCCGGCACCAACGACUCAACAGUUGUUCACCAACCAACAAACACAAAGUAGAGCCACUUUUCCAUUGUUGCAGGUCCCUCAAGGACCAGAAAGUUCGAAGCAAAGCUCGGUUUCAGCCACAAAUGGCCAACCCAACAACAAAGCUAUGGUGCGUAACCCAAAGAAGAGAUCCAGAGCUUCUAGGCGUGCACCAACAACUGUUCUGACCACUGAUACUACCAAUUUCCGGGCCAUGGUUCAGGAGUUCACUGGGAUCCCCGCACCACCCUUCACCUCCUCACCUUUCCCAAGAACCAGGCUCGAUCUAUUUGGUCCACCUUCUACUUUGAGAUCAACCCAUUUAGACCCUUCACCUCCUCAUUAUCUUUUAAGACCAUUUGCUCAAAAACUCAACCCUCCAUCAUUUUCAAGCUCUUCCAUGGCUGACGCUCUAGUUUCUAGUCCUAUUCCUAGUACUAACAACAAUAGCAACAACACUAGUUGUAGUUCAACUUCCAUUAACUACCAACUACCAUCCGAGUUAAGCCAUUUAAAGCAGCCUCAAAAUCUACUCAACAUCAACAUGCAAAACCCAAUUCUUAACUUCCAAUCUCUCCUUGAAACCCCUCCAAAAUACCCACUUUCCAAUUCAAACCUUCUGGGAACAAAUCCACAAGAUAUUCCACCAAAUGAGACUUGUCUCAAAAUGGGUGCUUUGGACGAGUUUGGUUUGAACCAGGGCCAUGUCAAUGCCAACGCCAACCUCACCGGGCUUCAAAACAUGGUAUCACAACAACAACAUGAUCAAAGUCUCCUAAGGUCCAUCAAUGGCAGCUACAACAAUAACAACAACCAGAGAGUCUCCAAAGGGAAAGUGAGCAACUUGUCGUCGUCUUUGUCGGAAUUUCAUGCGGAUAAAGGGCCGGCAAAUGCGGCUUCAAGAAGUGAAGGUAUGGUGGAAUCAUGGAUAUGUUCUUCAGAUUAGUUUAGGAGUAUCUAAGUAAUUUCAUUAAAAAAAAAUCAAAACUGAGAAAAUCUGAAAAAAAGAAAGAAUAUCGAGGAAAUGAUGGUGAAUAUAUCACAAUGAUGCAUGAAAGAGAUGGAAUCUUUCUUCUUCUUUCCCAUAUUAACCAUGAAAGUUUAACUCUAUUUUGUGUCUUUGUUUUUUAUCUUGAAGUUUAAGGUUUAACCUGUCCUUAUAAUUUAAUUAUUAAAUGUACUUGUAAAUAA